CUAUGUCACUAUGUCCGCCCAGCCCCCGCUUUAGAAGUCAAAACAGCAUGUGAUUUGAUUUCACGCUCUUUUUAUCCUUUAACCACCCUGAUAACAGGGAUGGGGAAGAAGCAAUGAUGUGUGUGUAAGCGUGUGUGUAACGACUCUUCACCAUCACUUAGCARAGGAUCCAUUAGGCUCGGGGCCCCCUCCCGCGUUGCCCGGUGAUAAAAUAAACACAGUGUGUUUGAGCAAUUCGGCAAGCAAAUAUUUGAUUUAGGAAGCUGCCUCAUCCGACAUGAUACGCACGUCUGCAGCCACGUGCUGAGGUGUAUAUAAACGCUGACGGACCUGCUGGACUACUGUUACACAUGAGCACACAAAGACCUGGAGCCAGACCAGACAGCUGAAACAAGAGUUUCUAACCAUGACUACGGGCGUGAUCAGGAACUUCCUCCUCCAGGCCCCAAACCCAACCUGUGUCCCCACGCYCUUACAGCACUCGUCCAGAGAAGGCGAGGAAGAGACUCUAGAAGGGAGAGAAGAUGAAGGUGAAAGAGAAGAGGAGGAUGAAGAGGAGGAUGAGGAAUGUGGGGCUCAGGAGGACGAGGAAGAAAGUUUCGAUCUGCUCCUCCCCAGCCACGGUGUUCUGGACGUGACCAGUCAGCUGCUCCGGUUUGCCGACCUCAUCAGCCGGGACGUCCGGCGGUAUUUCGGUCGCUGCUCUGACGACCGGGAGAGUUGCGACGUCUACGGCGGGUCGGCGUCCCCGACGACGAGCGGCCGCCUGCGUUACUAYGACGACCUGCUGAGAAUCGCAAGAGCAGGAAGUCCGGCGGAGCGAGGAGGCGGUGCUGGGGCUGAUGCCGGUGAGCCAGGAGUCACUGGUGGUAAGGAYGGCGGUGGUCUGGGGCCCCUGGCCGAGCUGUUCAACCACAGGGGCCCGRGUCAGGGCCGAGGCCAGCCGAUGGUCAGGAGGCACCUCCCGCUCAGCUUCUGGACUGAGCCGGUCCCACGCUGCUGUCUGRAUGGUCUCAGCAACACACCUAACGUCACACACAGCAACGCACUCGCUCAAGAGCACGGACACACACACUACAACCCCCUCGACUGCACGGAGCCAGACUUCAGCGACCUGCUGGCAUACUGGGAUCCACACCUGGAGUUCACACACACACUUACUGAGGACACACACACGGUGCUGAACACGAACUGAGACACCGCAUUCAUGUUCGGAAACACAAAACCCUCAAUAAAGAGAAAAACAGGAUCAAAUGAAUGUAUUUUCUUCUGUCUGUGAUUAAGAGCUUUGAUAAACGGUAUUUUAAUAAAAAAAAAUCUAAAUAAAUGAGGGAAAUUUAUAAAAAAACAGUGAACUUUCUGUUUUGUCAGACUGGAAGAUCUCACCCUACACCCUACAACUUCUUCCAGUUCUGCAGAAGACAGGUGACCACCCAUUUGUUCAAAUCAGGUGCUGAAUCAGACAAACAAGUCAAACWUGCAGAACCAGGACUGACCACCCCUGCCUAAAGCAAUGACCGGUCAGUUCUACAAAUACCUGAAAGYCAAAGAAGAUUGCAUGAUAAAAAGUUAAUUAGUUAUUUUGGGGAAAGUAGUGCUGUUUAAAAUCAUUUGGUUGUUUAAAAAAAAAUGUACUGAGAAAUUUGAAACCUUAUAAGAUGGUAAAUAAGGUCUGGCUCAGARAAACAACCUCUGAACAUUAUCAUGUGUUCUGCAGUGUGUUCAAUGUGUGCUCCUUCUUGAAACAAUAAAAGUGCUCCURACAGUCACUACACAUCAAGGAAGUUCCCUCUUGUUAAAAGGGGGUCAUUCCUUCCCACUGUCGCCCCACACCUCAUGCUUACUCUGGCUGGUAGAAUGCACACAAAUAGAUAUUGAAUUGUGUUUACUUUUUUAUUUAGAAAGGCAACUUUUUACACUUUGUCGUUUUGUAAUGUACUGAAUUCAACUGUGUUGUAACUGAACUUGAGUCUGUUUUGAAUUCAAAUAAAUUGCAUGUAUUUUAA